AUGAGUCACGGACCCAUAUUUCACGAGAAGAUAUCCUCCCAAUCCUCGCUCACACGCAGCGAUCUAUCUUACAACAACCAGCUCUCUGGGACCCUGCCCUACAACAUCGGUAACCUGCAAAAUCUCGUCGACCUCUAUGUCGGCAACACGGACAUGCAAGGGAGUCUACCCGAGACCCUUGCAACAAUGACCAGCCUUGAAACCAUGUCAUACGACAGCCUGCUCAUGUCGUGCCCCACAGGUGCCUGCACCGUGGAUGCCGUCAACACCACCCUCUUCUGCUCCGACUGCUCCGCCUUCUGCUCCUCCUGUAGCUCCACGCCUGCGGUGUGCUUGUAUCGGAGGAGAAGGAAGGCGAGGGCAGCAGCAAAUGAAGAGAGGAAUGUGGGGCAGAGAGGAAUGUGGGGCAGAGAGGAAUGUGGGGCAGAGAGGAAUGUGGGGCAGAGAGGAAUGUGGGGCAGAGAGGAAUGUGGGGCAGAGAGGAAUGUGGGGCAGAGAGGAAUGUGGGGCAGAGAGGAAUGUGGGGCAGAGAGGAAUGUGGGGCAGAGAGGAAUGUGGGGCAGAGAGGAAUGUGGGGCAGAGAGGAAUGUGGGGGGAUAUUUUGAAACACAUAUGAUCGAAGUGGCCGCUCUCAGCGAUUACUGCUACACUUGUUCGAAGUGGCCCCCUUUUAGCAGCAGCAGCAGCAGCGUGCAUAUAAGGGAACCUGCAGUGCCAGGGCUACCCCUUGGCUGGCGUGUGAUAAAUCUUGCGGCGUUUAAUGAUACCCUUCCCAUCCCCGCAACCCACCUCCCCUCCUCCAAGCAGCAGGCGGGGAUAUCAGGGGGCGGGCAGUGCCAGCGCUACCCCUUGGCUGACGUGCAGCGGGGAUUGAGGCAUUUACUGUUACAACUUACACCUCCCCUCCACCCCCACCAGCAGCAGCAGCGGUGGGGAUAUCAGGGGGCGGGCAGUGCCAGCGCUACCCCUUGGCUGAAUGGGGGGCUCGGGGAUGUGUUCAAGGCCGAAACCAUAGAUCAACGAGAUGGCAUCAAAGCACCACCCCAAACUCGUGCACUCUCCUCCCCCACACCCCCCGCCCCCCUCUCCCUCCCCCAACCUCACCCUUUCCCUCCACACUACCCCCCCUCCCUCCCUGCUCCCCCCCUUCUCACCACCAUAGAUCAACGAGAUGGCAUCAAAGCACCACCCCAACCUCGUGCGGCUGUUAGGAUCAAUGAGAUGGCAUCAAAGCACCACCCCAACCUCAUCAAUGAGAUGGCAUCAAAGCACCACCCCAACCUCGUCCGGCUGUUAGGUUACUGCAUUGACGUGGACAAGGCAGCUGAGAGCACGGAGCAGAUUCUAAUAUACGAGUUCAUGGAUAAUGGCGACCUCGAGCGGUGGAUCGGACCAGGUGUUGAGAAGCCGCUGAGUCUGCGGCAGCGCUUUGACGUGCUCAUUGGGGUGGCUCAAGGGCUGCAGUACCUCCACAGCUUCAACAUUGUUCACCGCGACAUCAAGCCUGCCAACAUCCUGCUCGACAAAAAGAUGCAGGCCAAAAUUGCUGAUUUUGGGCUGGUGAGGAUGGGCGAGGGCACUGCAGUGGGUCAUACGCGGGUGAUGGGAACACCGGGCUAUGUGGACCCCGCUUACUUCAAGUCGCAAAAGGCCACUCCAACAGCAGACGUGCACAGCUUUGGAGUGGUAAUGCUAACAGUCAUCACUGCCCGCAAGGCUCUGGACUCUUUGGACGACAACCAAGUCAACCUUAAGAAAUGGGUGGAACCAUUGUUGGAGGCCGAGGAUGCAGAUGCUAUCAAGGACCCGCGUCUGGACGCCCCCAGCGACGUGGUGCUCAAGCUCGCCCGCUUCGCCCUAUCCUGCACCGCCACUCCUGUAACCACCCGCCCCUCCAUGCCGCGCAUUCUCUCCGACCUCAUCGCCAUGAAGGAAGAAUUUCUCGGCGCUGACAUGGACCCUGUGCUGGUGAAUAUUGAUAGUGACUUGGUGGACCGCAAAGGGGCGAGCUUCUCUCAGGAGAUUCGGCGGGCACAUGAGGUGGCUUCGGAGCGUGAAGGGGUGUCAGGUUUGAGCAUUGGGAUGGUGUCAAUAGGGGAAAUGGAUUCCUCUGACAGCGGUGUAUGA